AUGUUGCGACAUAAAAUAAAAAAAAGAUGUGAUGAUGAAGUCACGAUCUGCACCAAGAAAAGAGAAAACAAAACUCAAAAGUUGUGCACAUUUCAAGUGACUCGUGAAGAUACGUUAGUGAAGAAAUUAAAUGAAAUUGAAGGAAAUUAUGCAAUGGCAAACGAAAACAGAAAGCAUAAAAGAUGUGGACUAGGACAACGAUGA